AUGAAUGUUCACCUUUUAGAUAUGGAUGACUUUCGUAUUCAGGCAAUGGACAUAUUUGGAACUCUUGAUCACUCUCGUGUUCUUAUUUUCAAAUUUAAAAUGAGUGAAUUGAUAUCCUUGCAUGUUCACUCUCUAAACAUCCAUUCAACGAAUGUAACCAUAGAUGCAUCAGAGAAGCGACACCUUGAUUUAAAACCAAUGUUCACUUCUCAGAAAUUAUAUUUAAUCAUCAAUGUUGGAUGUGAAAAGAGAUGGAAGUUGGAACCAAAAAAGAAGAAGAAAAAUCAAAUAGGAUUGACCACACAACAUGUCUUUGAAGGUCAUUCUGAAAUUGUAUUUGAACAGAAGAUGAAUAGUAACCAACAACAUGACGACGUCGAACGAACAAGUUGGACCAUUUCAUUCUUGGUCAUGUCAAAAAAAGUAUUCAAACAAGAUACGUGUGUCGCAGAGGGUAAGAUUACAUUGGAGGAGAACUCUGGUAAUGAUGACAACAAUAAUCCUCUUGAGGAUAAUGAAAAUCUCAACACCACCAACACCACCAACACCACCACCACUAUUGACUACAAUCUUCCUCUUGACUCCAUCCAAUCUGAAAAACUAAUGAAAAGAACCUUCUCCACAAACACCAUCACCAUGACUCUACACUUGACCUUAUUAAUAACCAAAACUCAACGACCAAACCAUCCUCCACGACUCAAAACACCUUCUCAUCCAAGGAUCUGCAGUUCAGAUGCAAAAGGUGAGGUGGUGGUGGUGGUUCCAACAACGAGAAGACAAAGUAAUGGUUGUUGUGAUGGUGGUGGUGAUUCUACUGCUACUAGGACCAAUGAAAAAGAGCAUUCUGUUCCAUCUCCUGCUGCUGUUAUUGUUGUUGGUGAGAGGAAUAACAUGGGUGAUGAUGAAGAGGAUGAUAUUGAAUCCAUUCCUCAUGAAGUUGGAACUUUUAAACUUGUUUCUUAUGAUUUCACAUCAAAAGAUUGUAUCCAUUUUCAAUACACAAAUCCAACACGAGAGAGAAUCACUGUUUGGAUUUAUACCAGUUUAGACUUUUCAUUUGAAGCUUCUCAAUUGAUAUUUGCCAAUGAAAGGAUCAAGUAUUAUCAAGACCAUUAUUGGUUAGAAGAAUUGACAAGACAUGAGAAUUUAACACAACAUUUCAAUCAUCAUUUAGGUCAUUCCUCUUCUCUUAAAAGAAAACCAAAAUUCAAAAAGGUUGUGAAACAUGAGUGGAUGAUUUCUCCAACUCAACAACAAAACUCUCAAUCUUACUCUACAAAGGAUGAUCAAGAUGGAUUCAAUGAUUGUGUUGACUCGAUGGUGGUUUGGUUCACUUGUCUCAAAUUUUCACAUCGACUCAUGCGAGAGGGUUUAAUGGCCAUUGAAAUUGUUUUAAAUCAACACAAUUUUGAAGGAAAUAUUGAAAAGAAGAAUGAGACCAUGUUGAAACAUGUCAUGCAUCUAUUGAUGGCGAUGGACAUUUGA